AUGGACCCCAAGAAGUCCAGAGAUCACAUUGUGGACAUUGUGCUGCUGGCCUUCAGGGCACAACGGUACUCGCUGUCUGAGUCUCAUUUGGGGGUUCACUUCCCUCCAUAUCUGUUUGAGGCUUUCCUCGCUCAGCCUGUUGAUGACGACAAAAGCACGGCAAAAGUAGGCAAUGGAGCUGCUGUAUUCACUCUACCAAAGAGGAAAGAAGAGCCAUGGGACCAGCUAAUGCUCAGUGCAGCCGACAAAGAAAUCAAAAAAGACCUAAGAGAGAAAGCUCUAAUCAGACACCAAGAGAAACUGUGUGCUGCGUCCAAAGCAAAAUCAGAGAAGCAACAGGCUGAAAAGAAAUAUGCACUAACGACGAUGAUGAAGCUUGAACAAGAAGAAAGAGAGAAUAUUCAGAAAAUCAAGGACUUUGAGCGACAGAAAACAACAGCAGAAUUGGAAGCAUGGCAACAGAAACAGAAGGAUCAACGUCAUACAGAGACACAAAUAGACACGAGGGAAAAAUCACGGAUGGGAAUAUGUGAAGCAAAGGCCAAAUCUGAUCUCACAAAUAAUAGUGGAUUGAAGAGCAGGACACUGGUGGAGCUUCCUGUCCCCAGAGCUACAGGCAGUAUCCAAGUCACAUUCACUCCUAGAGUUUUCCCUACAGCGCUCCGAGAGUCCAGAGCAGCUGAAGAGGAGGAGUGGCUCAGGAAACAGGCCGAGGCUAGACGUGUCUCGAGUGACGCGCUGGGGGAUCUAAAGGACCUUAAAGAGGAAGAGAGAAAUCCAGAUUGGCUCAAGGACAAAGGAGAUAAAUUCUUUGCCACCGGAGACUACCUGGGUGCAGUGAAUGCCUACAGUCUGGCUAUCAGGCAAAACAGGAAAAUGCCAGCUCUCUUUUCAAACCGGGCUGCUUGUCAUCUGAAGCUGAAAAACCUCCACAAGGCCAUAAAGGAUUCAUCUGAGGCGUUGGAGUUGUUGACCCCAGCAGUGCCGGCCAACGCAGCAGCCAGAGCCAGAGCCCAUGUCCGCAGAGGAACAGCCUUCUGCCAGCUGCAGCUCUACACAGAAGGUCUUCAAGAGUAUCAGGCUGCUCUGAAGAUUGACCCAGAAAACGCAGAGCUGCAGAUGGACACACAGAAGAUCAGGGACAUCAUCCAGGGCUCCGCGGAAGAAGGACAAACGUGA